AUGUCGAAUUCCGAUCGUAAAAGAAGAAGAGAUAGUAUCGGUGCGGCACGCUCAGAAGCCGUAGACUCCCCCGGAUUCUCUCAACCUCCUCCUUCAUCGCCCGGAUUCUUCCAUUCUGAAGUUGACUUUGCUCCUGAAGCUGAAGAGGGUGUGAUUGAUGACCCAUUUGACGAUGUAGCUGGAUCAGACGACGAUGAAGGAGAGGAUUUGUUUGGUGCAGGAAUGGAGAAAGAUUAUGCCAAUGACGUUCGACAAGAUCAGUAUGAGGAGGAUGGCGUAGACGAUGUGUUUUACGAAGCACUUGAUGUUAGCGAUCGUCAAGCUGCUGAAAUGGCAAUGAGAAGACGCGAUGCUGCAAUUCAGCAACGCCAGGGACGCAUGGCAAAUGCGUUUUUGGAUCCCAUGGAUGAGGAAGCUGACACCAUGGCUAUUCCAACUCGCCAAAGACGUCGCCACAUGCACGAUGGACAAAACGAUGACCUUGAAAACAUGGGAGCCGCUGAAAUGACUUUGGAUGAUCUCCGAACAAUUAAAAACGCCACCGUUUCUGAGUGGAUCACCCAGGAAGCUCCUCGACGCACUAUCAAGAGAGAGUUUAAAGAUUUCUUACAGACUUAUGUGGAUGAACACGGUACAUCUGUGUAUGGUGAGCGUAUCAAGGACAUGGGUGAACGUAAUAGAGAAUCGUUCGAAGUUAAUUACGAGCAUCUGACACAGAGCAAGGCAAUUUUGGCAUACUUUUUGGCCAAUUCUCCCAUCGCUAUGCUCAAGAUUUUCGACGACGUUGCGUUAAGUGUCACCUUGUUGCAGUACCCCGAGUACGAGCGUAUUCACAGAGAGAUCCACGUCCGUAUUACCGAUCUCCCGGCUCUCAAUACUCUCCGCGAGCUCAGACAGGGUCAAUUGAACUGCCUUGUGCGUGUUGCUGGUGUUGUCACUCGUCGCUCAGGUGUCUUCCCUCAAUUGAAGUGGGUCAAGUUUAACUGUGCCAAGUGUGGAGAAUUGCUUGGUCCUUUUUACCAAGAUAUCCACAAUGAGAUCAAGAUCCACACCUGCCCAAGCUGUCAAAGCAGAGGUCCAUUUAAUCUCAACAUGGAACAGACUGUCUAUAGAAACUACCAAAAGUUGACCAUCCAAGAAAGUCCUGGAACUGUCCCACCUGGUCGUCUGCCUCGUCACAGAGAAGUUAUCUGUCUCUGGGAUUUGAUUGAUCAGGCCAAGCCAGGAGAAGAGAUUGAAGUUAUUGGUGUAUACCGUAACAACUUUGAUGCCUCUCUUAGCACAAAGAACGGUUUCCCAGUGUUUGCUACAAUCAUUGAAGCCAACUACAUCAACAAGAAGGAAGACAUGUUUGCUGCAUACAAGCUGACUGAUGAUGACAAGAAGAUGAUUAUUGCAAUGGGCAAAGACAAACGUAUCGGUAGAAAGAUUGUCAAGAGUAUUGCUCCUUCUAUUUAUGGCCAUGAAAAUAUCAAGCGUUCUAUUGCAUUGUCUUUGUUUGGCGGUGUUCCCAAAAACAUUCAGGGCAAGCAUAUGAUCCGUGGUGAUAUCAACAUUCUUUUGUUGGGCGAUCCUGGAACUGCAAAGUCGCAGUUCUUAAAAUAUGUCGAAAAGACUGCACAUCGUGCUGUGUUCACAACCGGUCAGGGUGCAAGUGCUGUAGGUUUGACUGCAUCAGUUCACAAGGACCCCAUUACACGCGAAUGGACUCUGGAAGGUGGUGCACUUGUACUUGCUGAUCGUGGCGUGUGCUUGAUUGAUGAGUUUGACAAGAUGAACGAUGCCGAUCGUACGUCUAUCCACGAAGCCAUGGAACAACAGUCAAUCUCUAUCUCCAAGGCUGGUAUUAUCACCACUCUCCAGGCCCGUUGCUCAAUUCUUGCCGCUGCCAACCCUAUCAGAGGCCGCUACAAUGCCUCGAUUCCAUUUUCUCAGAACGUUGAGCUUACGGAACCCAUUCUGUCUCGUUUCGAUGUCUUGUGCGUAGUCAAGGAUAUCGUUGAUCCCGAGCAGGAUCAUGUAUUGGCAACCAACGUUAUUGCCAGUCAUAUCCGCAGCCAUCCUGUCUACAAUGCAGGCGAGGAUGGUCUUGCUCAACCACUCAAGGAAGAUACUGAGAUUAUUCCUCAAGAUCUUUUGAGAAAGUAUAUUAUGUACGCUCGCGAAAAAAUCCAUCCCAAGUUGCAGCAGGUUGACGAGGAUAAGCUUUCGCGUCUUUAUUCCGAGUUGCGUCGCGAGUCUCUCGCAAGUGGCAGUAUUCCUAUCACUGUGCGUCACUUGGAAUCAAUGAUCCGUAUGGCAGAAGCCAAUGCAAAAAUGCACCUCAGAGAGUACGUGCGUUCCGAUGAUGUUGAUAUGGCCAUUACCGUUGCUCUCGACAGUUUCAUCAGUGCGCAGAAGUUCAGUAUGAUGAAGGCUCUUCGUAAACGUUUCGCCAAAUAUAUUGUCAAUCUUCAUGAUCGUGAUGAGCUACUUCUUGCUACUUUGGACAGUAUUUGCAAAGAAAAGAGAAGACUCUAUCAGCUACGAUACAAGAGAUUGCCUUCUGACAUCUCUGUUGCCAUGUCUGAAUUGGAAAACAAGGCUCGCGACAUGCAUAUUCAUGAUCUCCAACCAUUCCUUCACUCGCGUUUGUUCGAACAAAACAGAUACAAGCUUGAGCCCAGCAAGGGAGAAAUCAUCAAGGUCUAUACUGAACCUACUCACUAA